AUGCGGAAAACAAUCAAGGAUAAGAAAUUCAGAUACUAUGUGCUGUCCCUCGCCUUGAUAGACCUCGUCACGUGUAUGACCUUAAUUCCGGCGGAAAUGCUCAAACACCAACAGUACUUCAACGUUGCUGGGAGCGUUUGGUGCAAGAUAAAAUGCUUCUCUAACGUGUUUGCAGCGGCUGCUGCGUCCUACUGUCUGGUUCUGGUCGCAAUAGACCGGUACAUGCUCACGUGUCGCCCAGUGGUGUUCUGUAAGGUACAGAGUAUUUCACAUGGUCUUGCCUGGCGUCUAUGUCUCAGCAUGCUGGUGCUAGCCGUCCUGACGUCACUUCCAUCCUCCAUUCUCUGCGGAAUAACGUCGGACGUAUUGAGGCUAAACAAAGGCCAAACGAUUUUCGUCAAUCUGUGUGAGAUUGAGCCGCACUUCGAAUAUGGAAUUUCGAGAUACGUGUAUCGAAUAUCACUGUUUAUUCUGCAACUUACAAUAUUCGUGAUCAUGAUCGUUCUCUAUGCGCGUAUCGGCUUAGAAGUGUGGACAGCUGAGCGGAUCCGAGCGGCGCAGACUGUGGAGUUGACCGCUCUAAAUCACCACCUACACAGCCACGAAAGACUGCCGUACCCAGGAGCCUUUGCCUAA